GCGGAAAACGUUUCCCAUAAAACAUACCCGACUCCCUCUGGUCUGAGCCUCAAGCUUUGAUCAUUCCAGUCCUUCCCUCCAACUUCUAUACGCCUCUCGCACCUGUGGUGCGCCGUACGCAAAGGCAUGGGUGCCGCUGGGCGGAAGUUGGUCGCGCUACCGGCGCUCGGGUGGUGGCUCGUGGUGGUCGGCACCGUCCGCCUCGUCUUCGCCUGGUCCGGCUUCUUCGACGCCUGGGCGGUCCGCUACGGCACCUACUCCAACACGCACGUGACUGAUGUGCAUGCGCGUACCGUUGGGGUGUGGACGCUUCUGUCGUGCACCCUCUGCUUCCUCUGCGCCUUCAACCUCGACAACAAGCCGCUCUGCGCCGCAACUCUCUUGUCCUUCGUCUACGCCUAUGGCCAUUUCGUCGCGGAGUACCUGGUGUACCGUACCAUCACCGCAGCAAGCCUCGGCACGCUCGGCUUCUUUGCAGUCCCAUCGAUCAUAUGGACGCUAGUCCAUUGGAGGAACACUCUUGGCUACCGUGCUACGAAGCGGUCAUGAGCUUGUUCCACUGUUACCGCCUCGUCAAUUGAUGGGGCCUUCAGAAAUUGCCAAUGAACAGAAUAAAUUUCGCUGCAAAUCUGUUUUUGUUUACUUUUGUCGUGUGUACACUGUAUUAUUCCAUCCAUGAAACUAUUAAAGGAAGAGUACCGACACGGUUUUAUGAUC